AUGAUCAACGCCGAACUCGGUAACCGCCAUCCUUACAAUUACACUGUGAUCUUGGACGAAUAUGGACAAAACCCUGGAAACCAUUCGAAGCAACACGGCUCUACAGCUGGCGUUCCUUUUCAUGUUGUGGUCAAGAAGUUGCUCGCUAACCAGCACUACAAGUUUGAAUGGGCUUCGAGCAACAAAUUCGGUUUGAGCAAGUCUAUUAUCCUCGAAAACAAAACUAAAAUGGCCAAUGAAAUGCCAACACCAAUACCUAUAAAUCUCGAACAGAAAUUCGACGGCAGUAUCACCUUCAGUGUAGUGCUCAAUGACCCCUGUCCCUUUACAUAUGCUUUGUCCGAGGUAGAUAAGAUCUUGAUUCGAUAUCGUGAGAUCCCAGCUCGAUAUAAAUCAGGCUCUGGAAGUGGAGAAAUUGAAUCCAUUAAUACUUCUGGGCUUUCUGAGUGGAUUAAUGUUGAGCCUUGUCCUGUUCUACUCAAUAAACAGCACCAUGAGGCUGCUUCGUACACUUCUUCCGCAUUCACCUCAAAGCCUGAUCCAUCUUCCUCUUCUGUAACUGCAAAUAGCCUCUUGUCAGGGCAGCCUCCUCCAAUUAGUGGUCGAGAUGCAGAAUCCCAACCCCUUUCAAAUAGGAAGCCAUAUACAAAAGUGGAUUGCGUAAUACAUGGAACUAGCCGGCACAUAUGUCAAAAAUCUGUACUCUCAUGA